AUGGCGAAUUCAAUGCCCGACAACGCCAUUGCUUUCAGCAGGUUUGCGUUUAUGAUUCUGGUAUGUAUAAGGGGUCUGAUUUCCGGACAAAUUCGCUAUUCUAUUCCAGAGGAAAUGGAGAUCGGGGCUAUUGUUGGGAAUAUCGCUGAAGAUUUAAGAUUAAAUGUACCGCAAUUGUCCGAUCGUAAAUUUCGACUAACCUCAGAUGAUGGUGGGCAGUAUAUCAAGGUUAAUUUGGAUAAUGGGAUUUUAACUGUUCGUGAGAGAAUCGAUAGGGAGCUUCUUUGUGGACAAGCAACGAUGUGUACUAUUCCUUUUGAAAUAAUAUUGGAAAAUCCUUUGGCGGUGUAUCGUGGAGAAGUGGAGAUUCUUGAUGUCAAUGAUAAUUCCCCCACAUUCCGGGACAGCUCCAUUACCUUGCAGAUGUCCGAAGCCAUUACACUAGGGGUACACUUCCCACUCGAGAGCGCAGAAGAUCCGGACAUUGGAAUAAAUACAGUCGCUGCUUACACAAUCAGUUCCAAUGAGUACUUCAGUGUCAAGGCCCAGAAAACUGAGUACGGUGUUUUAAAUUGCGAAUUGCUGUUAGAGAAACCAUUGGACAGAGAGCUGCAGCCUGAUAUUCAGUUGGUGCUGCAGGCAACUGAUGGUGGGAUCCCUCAGAGAUCUGGCACAGCUCAGAUUCUCAUUACUGUCGUGGACGUCAAUGAUAAUCCUCCUGUGUUUGAUCAUAAAGUUUACAAGAGUAGCUUAAGAGAGGACGCACUCAAAGGUUCCUUGGUACUGAUAGUGAAAGCAAAUGAUUUGGACGAAGGUUUGAAUGCUGAGAUAACAUAUUCUUUCAGCAAGUUAGCUUCACCGAGAGUUCUCGAAUUGUUCAAUUUGGACCCUCAAAAGGGAGAGAUUCGGGUAGAAGGACAUCUAGAUUAUGAGGAAACAAAUAGUUAUUCUCUCAAUGUUCAAGCUGUGGACCACGGAUCACCUGCAAUGACUGGGCACUCGAAAGUGUUGAUCAAGAUAAAUGACGUAAACGACAACGCACCCGAGGUAAAAGUGACAUCAGUUGCGAGCAAAAUUCUGGAAAAUGCUCCACCGGGAACUUUGAUCAGUUUGCUCAAUGUCUUUGAUCGCGAUUCUGGAGAAAACGGGCAGUUUCACUGUGACAUCCCAAAAAAUAUACCCUUCAGACUUCGAAAGUCAUCAAAUAAUCAUUAUGAGUUGAUUACCAGUGAACCGUUGGACCGCGAAGCUGUCACUGAAUAUAAAAUACAUCUUGUAGCCCGGGACUUAGGGUCGCCUUCACUAACCACCAAUAAAACCAUCGAGGUUGUAAUUUCAGAUGUGAAUGAUAACGCUCCACAGUUUGGAGCAUCGUCUUACAACAUAUAUGUAAUGGAAAACAACUCUCCGGGCAGUUCUAUUUUCGCGGUAACUGCAAGGGAUCGAGACAUGGACCAGAAUUCUUAUGUUUCUUACUCCUUUCUGGAGAAUCUUAUCCAAGAUUUUCCAGUGUCCAGUUACCUCAGCAUUAAUUCGAUGAACGGCACCAUUUACGCGCUGCAUUCUUUUGACUAUGAGGAACUCAAAAACUUCCAGAUCCAUGUUCAAGCCCGUGAUGCUGGAGUGCCCCCGCUGAGCUGCAGUUGUACAGUGAAUGUGAUCAUUCUGGAUCAAAAUGACAACGUUCCGGUAAUUGUUUCACCUUCAUCAGAGAGUGGAUCAGCAGCAGUGCAAAUCCUGCCGCAGUCAGCGGGCCAAGGGUACUUGGUUACAAAGAUAAUGGCAACUGACGCAGAUUCUGGUCAGAACGCACGGCUCUCCUAUCAUAUGGUGAAAGCUACCCAUCCCAGUUUGUUUAACGUUGGGCCAAAGUCUGGUGAAAUCAGAACAGCACGCAAUAUUCUGGCGUCGGAUACAACUACACAAUCUCUCUUCAUCUUGGUAAAGGACAAUGGACAGCCAAGCCUCUCCAGCACGGUAACAUUGUACAUCACAGUUUUGGAGAACAUCACUGAAAAUGUGACUGAAGCUGGUAACUUAAUGAGCAAUUCCGAAUAUUUCACUAAUUUAAAUAUUUUUUUAAUAAUCAUUUUCGGUUGCACUUCCAUUCUGUUUCUACUGAUAAUAAUUCUGCUAAUUAGCGUUAAAUGUAAGCAGAACAGCAGUACCUCCCAAGGCUAUAAUUCUUCCAGUUGCUGCAGAGAUUCAAACUGCACGUUGCAUCGAAGAUCUGCAAUGGAGGCAACUUUACGGUAUCCUGGGACUGGUCGUACGGUCCGCAUGGCAGAUGCACAGCAUUACUCGGUCUGUCUCUCUCCAGAAUCAGCAAAGAGCGAUUUCCUCUUUUUGAAACCAUGCAGCGCACCACCGUUUGAUGCCCAGUGCUAA